UAUAUAUGUAUAUGUAUACUAAUUAAAACUAAUUGUAAGUAGGAUUUGCUCAUCAUUAAAAAUCAAUGAAUUACAAUUAUUUCUAUAGAUAAAAUGUUAGCUCAUAUUUUGGAUUAAGUACAACAGGUAGUGUAAAUUUUUCAGUUUAGAAGUCUGAAGGUAAGAUUAUAGGAGAAUUCAAUAAGAAAGUAUAUAUAAAAUAAAUUAUUAGAGAGCAUUGAAAGAUAGGAGACAUGCUCAUAUUACUCUAUCAUUAGAUAUAUAAAAUAAAUAAUGCUUAUUAUAAUAUGAAGAGAUUAAAAUUGAAUAAGGCAAAAAGAAAUGCUCUAAAUUAGGAUUUGGUGGUGAAAUAGGAACUGAAUAAUUCUUUUAAAAAAAUAAGAAAUUUGUGUUAUUUUUAUUAGAAAUUCUGCAGAAAUGA